UUAGGUUAAAACUCUGAUCUGAUCUUUCGGCAAAAAGCAAAAAAUCUUUUGCAGCUUAAUUCCAGCGACGACCGGUAAGAAUGGCGGAUUGUGAGGGGGGCAAAAUGGCGGCUCUAAUUCCGUGUGGGCAGAGUAAAUUAGGGUGGAAUUUAUUGUGCGACGAAUUGGUGUGCGAGAUACUUGUAAGACUACCCACAACAGCAGCCGUUCGAUUCCAAGCGGUUUGCAAGCGCUGGUAUUCACUCAUCUCUUCUCCUUACUUUAUUGCGCGUUUCCGCCACCAACAUAGCCAUACAGAUGUUGAGUCAAGCCUUGUUUUCCGACUUGCAUAUCCUUGUUACUGCAUCCCUGACUCUGGCGGCUGCAACCAAUGCCAUUCUCACUUCCAAAUCAUCUCCAACUCUUCUUUAUUACGAAAGGUGCACGGAGAGAGUGUAUUCAAUUUAAGUUACCUCCCAUGUUCCCCUACACAACAUCUUCGAUUGGAAGGCUCCUUUGCUGACUUAAUCUUAUGCUCUUGCCUUAUUACCCUUACCAACAAAAUUGAUUAUUAUGUCUCCAAUCCGCUCACCAGACAGUGGAUUGCUCUCCCUCCAGCUGCCUAUGAGGAGGGCUUAGCGCAUCAUGUCUCAAAUGGCUUUUUAUGUGUGGAAGAUACUUCUCGUCAUAACAAGUUCAUGGUGGUGAGGCUUUGUACGUGGUGUAGUGCUGCUUGUACACCUCGUUCCCGGUUUAAAGCCCAAGUCUUUUCUUCAGAGAACUGGCUAUGGAGGACUUUGGUUGUUUCAUCCCCUCGGAGCUUGAAUUACCACGGAGGGGAAGCUCCUCUUGUUGCCUAUAGAGGGAUGCUGCAUUGGUUAAACGGUGAUAGUAUCGCGGUGUAUGAUCCACUUAACACCCCAGAAAUAUUCUCUCGUGUCAUUGAUCUUCCAAUUCAAAUAUACCCCCCUAGUGUUUACAGAAAGAAUUGCUUUGGAGUAAGCCAAGGUUGUCUUUGUGUAGUGCAAGUUUCAGAUGAAUUUACAAUAGAUCCCAUAUUGGAUGUAUGGGAACUGGAGGACUAUGACUCUGGGUUGUGGAUUUUGGUUCACAAGGUUCACCUUACAAAUCUGAUCCAUAAUGGGUUACUGGAAAGUUUGCAGAGUGAAUUGCGUUGUUUCUCAGUACUAAGUCUCCGUCCUGAAAAUAGGGAUGUUAUUUAUUUACGGUUACUUAAUGGAGUAGUCUUGGUCAACAUGAAAAGCAGAAUAAUAGAGCGAUUCUACCCAAUAAAUGAGAGAGCGGUGUUUUCUUGGAGGGAUGCCUUUCACCUUGUUGACCAGCCGUGGCCAACAGCAAUAUCAUUACUGUGACACGGAGCAUUUCUCUUGGAGUUGACGACACGGCGACACCGGCAUCCCUAAUCGGUCCCACCUCAAGCUACGAUCGGAGUCAUCGCCAUCCUCAAGCUAAAGCUAUGGAGUCUCCAUCCUCAACUGAUUCAAUUCGCACCUCAACCGAGUCAUCAACGGAGUCAUUUCAAGCUAAAGCUACGGAGUAUUCACAUCCUCAACCAAAAGGUGUACUUUGAACUCCAGCACCACGCCCCUCAUUUGAAGAGAAUCAUUUAGUGCUCAUCCGGUGCUAACUUCCCCUCGAGCUUUCAAGGGAUUUGGUGUGAUACUGCAGCAGUUAUUACAAAAGCUGAGAUCUUUGUCAACAGCACAUAAAAGAUCACUAUCAAAAGCAGAGCAAGAGUUCAAAUCAGAACUUGGAGUUCAUAUUGUUUGAAAUCUAGACCUCAAGACUUGAGGUUGCAUCUAGUACAAUGGCAAAACAUGGAAAAUUUUCAGUUGAUGCUAAGGCUCGUACUAAAACAAAACAUAUGAGAAAAAGAAAGAAGAUAUCUAAGGGAAGAAAAUCUGAAGCUCGAGAUUUGGAAGAGCAAUACUGUAGUUUAUGUGAGACUACCCAGAAAACGGAAGCAACAUUUGCCCACUUUAGUGCACAUCUUAGUAGUCCUAUGAUGAUACAUUGAUACUAUAUCCCCCACUCUGAUGAAGAUUAGAUAGUGCAUUAUUUGAACCGGCGGUUUAAAUCGAAACUGGAUUUAGAAUAAAUGCGAAUCGGAACUGAACAGAUUUAUAAACACCGUUUGUAAAUGAGAAAUCUGG